CCACCCAUGAUGAUGUGAUAAGAAAGGCAGUUCCAUCCUCUUCUGAGCCUCCUCCAAUCACACAGUGUUGUGUGCCUUCAAACAGUGGCCAAUGACUGUUUUCCUCUGAAGUGUCUGAGUUUACAGUGUGUGUGAAGCUGCAUAAAUAGGGUCCUCCGGGACUGUAAUGUUACAUUCCAACGGCCUCCAAGCAAAACCAUAGUCUUGUACACAAUGUGUUCCCCGAGGAAAAUAACCAGUGCUGGAGUAAGAUUACGCUGUAAAUGUAUCAAGAACUUGGAACCAAGCAUGAAAAAGGCGACCAAGCCCACGGCCGCCACCUCCAGGACCUCAGUGGGCACUAAAGCCCCAGGCAGAUCAGAGGGAAGCAGCAAUAUGGGCACAGGAGGCAAGAUGACAAACAAAACCCAGAGUUCAGCUCCACUUUCUAAGGCAAAGAGCAGUGAUGAUCUCCCAGCGGUGAGUGCAGGAAGUGGAUCUGUUUCUGCUAGCAACAGUAACACUACUGCUAGAAACAAGAGAGGAUCCUCCUCUCAGAUCACCAGCAACACUGAGACAAGGUCCAAGACCACUUCAGGUCUUUCAGGAAGGCGUGCAACGUCAACUGUGUCUAAGGAGCCAGGCUUGACUAGAGAUAACUUGCGAGAAAGAUCCAGAACCAGUGUUGCCAAAAAACCCACCGAUACCAUGCCUCAAAAGCGUUCACGAUGUCGUACCUUACCUGACUCUGAGUCAAAAAUGAGCAAAUCUCGCUCAGACAGCCAGAUAAGCCAUAAAGCAGUUCUUGAGUGUCAAGUGAAUGACCUUCUUGGUUUAGCCAAGAGCAAAGACCUGGAAAUCCUUCAUCUUCGCUCUGAACUUCGAGGCAUGAGAACUCAGCUUGGCUUGGAAGAACUUGAGGCUCCUAACCAAGAACAAGUGUCUCAAGAGACCAUGCAGCCUCCAGAGAAAGAGGUUAUCAGUGCCACAGAUGUGGAGUCUACUCUCCUCCUCCUUCAAGACCAGAACCAGGGUAUUCUUGAUGAGUUAAAUAUGUUGAAGAGUGAAAACCGAAUGCUGAAGGAUCGCCUUAAUGCGCUCGGCUUUUCUCUGGAGCAACGUCUAGACAGCCCUGAGAAAAGUCUGCGCUGCCUGCCUAUGAGUCCUGAGCAUGUAGUUGGCGGCGACAGCAGUAGCGGAGGUCACAGUGAAAGUGUACGGGGUGGUAUGCGUGCAUCCUCUGCAGAAGGCUCUGCUCAAGGCUCUACAGAGGACCUGCUGUCAGAACAGAGACAUUUAGGCUCUCCUGAUGCUGUGGACAGUGAGUGCAGUGAGGCCUACCAGCCGAUCACUUCCAGCGAUGAUGCUCUAGAUGCACCAUCAGGUUGUGGAUCAUCUUCGGAAUCAGAAGGUGGGCUGCCGAGCCGGGAACAUUCCCGUAGAGGCAGCAGUGGGAACACCAGUGAGGUUUCUGUGGCCUGCUUGACUGAGCGAAUCCAUCAAAUGGAGGAAAAUCAACACAGCACGUCAGAAGAACUCCAGGCCACCCUGCAGGAGCUUGCAGAUCUGCAGCAGAUCACUCAAGAGCUGAGCACAGAGAAUGAACGGCUGGGCGAGGAGCGUGCUAUUCUGGUGGACUCCCUCUGUCAGCAAGGGGAGCGUCUGGAGCUAUAUGGAAGACAACUGGAGUACUUUCGUGGACUUCUUGAUGAGCAUUGUGUGGCCUAUGUCAAGGAUGAUGAAGACGCCAAAAGUGGGCGCUAUGUAGAGCUGGAAAGGCGCUAUGCCGAGCUGAAUGAGGGCUCCCGUUUUGAACGGGAGCAACUUCUGGGAGUGCAGCAACAGCUAAGCAGUGCCCUAAAGAUGGCAGAACAUGAGAAUGCAGAAGCCCAAGGCCUCAUGGCAGCAUUGAAAGAGCGUGUCAUUAUGGCAGAGAGAGCUGUGGAAAUAGAGCGGCGGGAGCGAGCAGUUGCCAAAGCAGAGUUAGAAGCAUUAAGGGUGCUGUCUGAAGGGGAGCAGGUGGAGCUGAACCGCUGUAGAAUCCAACUUGAGCAAGAGAGGCAGAGAGUGGCCCAGCUCCUCUCCAUCCACAAUGCAGGGGAUAAGACGGACAUACGCCACCUGCUGGAAAGCGAGAGAUUAGAUAAAGAGCGAGCAGAGGCCAAAGCAGCUCAGUUAAAAGAAGAACUUGGGCACACACGCAGUGAAGCUGCCCAGCUCCAGGAGGCGAUUAGCAAGCUUGAGGAUGAGUUCCGAGCAUUUCGGGAUGAUGUCCAGUCGCAGUUAGCAGAGCAGAAGAGGCUACUGGAGCAGCAGUGUUCUGAGCUGGAGGAGAAGGACACUGAGAUCGCUGACAUGAAGGAGACCAUUUUUGAGCUGGAGGAUGAAGUCGAACAGCAUCGUGCUGUCAAGCUCCAUGAUAACCUCAUCAUUUCUGACCUAGAAAAUUCCAUCAAAAAGCUUCAUGAUCAAAAAUACGACAUGGAGAAGGAGAUUAAAGUUCUUCAUCGAAAACUGCGGGAGGAAUCGGCAGAAUGGCGUCAGUUUCAAGCAGAUCUGCAAACAGCCGUCAUCAUCGCCAAUGACAUCAAGACCGAAGCUCAGGAGGAGAUCGGAGACCUGCGGCGACGCUUACAAGAGGCUCAGGAGAAAAACGAGAAGAUGAACAAAGAGCUAGAGGAGCUGAAGAGCCGGAAGCAGGAUGAGGAGCGUGGCCGUGUGUAUAAUUAUAUGAAUGCCGUGGAGAGGGAUCUGGCUGCACUAAGGCAGGGAAUGGGCCUGAGCCGACGUUCCUCCACUUCCUCUGAACCUUCACCCACCGUCAAAACACUCAUUAAGAGCUUCGACAGCGCCUCACAAGGUCCUGUUCAAGGCAGUCCAACUGCUGCUGCUGCUGCUGUUGCUGCUGCUACUGCGAUUUCCAGAACACCCCUCAGUCCCAGUCCAGUCAAAACCCCUCCAGCCGCUGCCGUCUCCCCUAUACAGAGACACACCAUCAGCUCCAAACCUCUGUCAUCAAUGCUGGACAAAAGGCCGAGCUUCAAUGACCUGAACAUACCAGAGCACCUCUUGCGGACCUCACCUGUAACGCGGCCUGGCUGCCCUAUUCAGAGAGUCACAAACAUGGACACCAGCAAGGCCAUUUCAGUUUCCCGUAGGAGCAGUGAGGAGUUGAAGAGAGAUUUGUUGGCCCCGGAAUCGUCUGCUCCGUCAUCCCUCAUGUCUUCUCCACAGCUGUCUCUGUCCUCAAACGCGUCCUCUCCCACUGCCUCCAUCACACCCACCACACGAGGCCGAUUACGAGAGGAACGGAAGGACCCUCUGUCUGCACUGGCCAGGGAAUAUGGAGGAUCCAAGAGGAACGCUCUUCUCCGCUGGUGCCAGAAGAAGACCGAGGGCUAUCAGAACAUUGACAUCACCAACUUCAGCAGCAGCUGGAAUGAUGGGCUCGCUUUCUGUGCCAUCCUUCACACCUACCUGCCUGCACACAUCCCGUAUCACGAGCUCAACAGCCUGGACAAGAGGCGAAAUUUCACUUUAGCCUUCCAGGCAGCAGAAAGCGUUGGAAUUAAAUCAACACUGGACAUUGGUGAAAUGGUGCACACAGAAAGACCGGACUGGCAGAGCGUCAUGACCUAUGUGACGUCCAUCUAUAAGUACUUUGAGACCUGAGAAUCUUCUACAAAGUCCAUACCUGCAGCUGCAGUCUCACCUCGGUCCUUGCUAUUCCCAAGAUACUACAAAUUUCCAAGAUGCCUUUGCUGCCCGGCCGACGUACAAUCUUGUGUUUUCCCAAAAUCCUCUAUGGCUGCUAAAACAGGUCAGAUCCUACUAAAGCUUUUAGUUGCAAGAAGACAAGAGGUUGGCAGGCAGCAACUUCCUUUAAGAACAUUGCAACAUGAUUUAAAGUGAGUUGUGCCAAUUAAGCAACAAAAGUUCUGUGUUUCAGAAAUCAAAUGCCUUUGAGAGAUGCCUUGUUUUCCAGUUUUAUCCCAGUGUUGGUCUUAGAUUAUCAGUAUUUAUUCCAAAGAACAGGAUUCAUCCACACAAAUGUUUUUUUCUUAGCCUGAAUAAGCUCAAUUUUCUUUCAUUUCAUUUAUUUAGGUUUUUCUAACAUCUAAGAGUGGGUUAUAUCCCCUGAAAACUGAUAUCAUGUACUGAAACUCAUAAGACUUUAAGUUAAUCUUGGAGCACAAGUUAGUUUUUUAUAUAUAUUUAAGUAUUUUUUUAUGCAAUCUGAGAUAUUUCAGUCCCUUUUCUGAAGACCGCUGUUCACCCAAAGCUCUGGUGCUUCAAAAGAGACCGACAAAAACAGAAAAUCCAUAUAGGAUCCAUAUUGAGUGGUUUUCAUUCUUGUGGAUGCUCAAAUGUGCCAUGUGACAUGCUAGAAUGAAUCUCAUUGGUUCUUACAGAAGCUCAAAUGUGCCAUGUGACAUGUAAGACUGAAUCUCAUUCGUUCUUACAGAAGCUCAAAUGUGCCAUAUGACACGCAAAAAUGAAUCUCAUUGGUUCUUACGGAAGCUCAAAUGUGCCAUGUGACACGUAAGAAGGAAUCUCAUUGGUUCUCACGGAAGCUCAAAUGUGCCAUGUGCCCUGCGCCAUGCAAGAUUGAAUCUUAUUUGUUCUCUCAUAAGCUUAGAUGUGCUGGAUAAAAUAAGAAUGAAUCUCAUUGGUUCUUGCAGAAGCUCAAAUACAGCAUGUGACAUGCAAGAAUUAAUCUCAUUGGUUCUUGCAAAAGCAAAUGUGACAUGCAAGUAUGAAUCUCAUCGGUUCUUGCAGAAGCUCAAAUGUGCCGCGUGACACAAGAUUGAAUCUCAUUGGUUCUUGCAGACGCUCAAAUACACCAUGUGGCAUGCAAGAAUGAAUCUUAUUGGUUCUUGCAGAAGCUUAGAUGUGCUGCGUAACAUAAGAAGGAAUCUCAUUGGUUCUUGCAAAAGUUUAAAUGCACUGCUUAACAAGAAUGAGUCUCAUUGGUUCUUACAGAAGCUCAAAUGUGCCACGUGACGUGUUCUCCAGAAGCUCAGAUGUGUCAUGUGACAUGCAAAAGUGAAUCUCAUUGGUUCUCGCAGAAGCUCAAAUGCGCUAUGUGACAUGCAAGAAUGAAACUUACUGAUUCUUGCAGAAGCUCAAACGUGCUGCGUAACACAAGAAUGAAUCUCAUUGGUUCUUGCAGAAGCUCAAAUGUGCUGCGUAACACCAGAAAGAAUCGCAUUGGUUCUUGCAGAAGUUUAGAUGUGCUGCCUAGCACAAGAAUGAAUCUCAUUGGUUCUUGCAGAAGCUCAAAUGAGCCAUGUGACAUGCAAGAAAAAAAAUCUCAUUGGUUUUUACAGAAGCUCAAAUGUGCCUUGUGACAUACAAGAAUGAAGCUGAUUGGUUCUUACAGAAGCUUUGAUGUGCUGCGUAACACAAGAAUGAAGCUGAUUGGUUCUUACAGAAGCUUUGAUGUGCUGCGUAACACAAGAAUGAAGCUGAUUGGUUCUUACAGAAGCUUUGAUGUGCUGCGUAACACAAGAAUGAAGCUGAUUGGUUCUCACUUGUCAAUAAAGCAAACUUGAGCCUCUGUGAGCAAAUUAGAAUGCUGUAAACAAUAUUUAAUCUUUACUUUUAAAUGAAUUAAAGCCAACAUUUAUUGAUCCUUAGAAGUGAUUUUAUUUUCUCUUCAGAACACUUGAAUGAAACCGAUCGGUCUACUUGGACUUAAUCCUAAUUGGAUGUUUCAAGUAAACAUGGAGGGACAGAAAUCUGUCAGGUUUGAUUAGUUAACACAUUUCUUAUAAGUUUAAGAGGUUAAAUAAAAAAUGACUGAAUUUUUAAACUAGUUUUGUUGCUAUUAUAACUCUAAACCAUGUUUGGACACUAAAUAAAAGCUAAUUAUGAAUCUAACGUCAUUUAAACCAGCCAACCCCCUCCCCUAUAAUCCUCAUUCCAGCUGAUCACUGAAAACACUGCAAGAUGUUUUAAUUUGAAAUAUCAGCUCAAAUGAAAUGCACAGCUGCUCUUUUUAUUUUAGUAUUAAUAUUCUUUUCCAAUGUUUCAUGCGUUUCAGCAUUUCAGUUGUUGUUGUCUACGCACUACUAAUCCUCAUUUGACACAUAAAGCCAGCUGGGUUCUGGAAGCUUCGCUGACUCAGAUUGAGUUUGUCUUUUUGGGUGUAAAAGCACAAAUAAAUAAAAGGCUGAAUGUGUUUUCACUGAAAUGAAAUGUGAAAUGAGACGACUACAAUCCAUCCGCACCGUAAGCUUGCGGUUUACUCAAGCACCGUACCUCCUUCGUUUUUAUAUUGUACUUUAGUCUGCACACAAAUCCGAAGCCUUACAAGGAAUAGGACAAGCCAAGAGCACAAUUCUCGUUCGCCAUGCUGUCUUCAAUGCACUGCUGUUUCACUUUUAUUAAUAUUAUUAUUAUUUUGGUGACUAAACAACCAAUUUAAAACAAGGGAUCAAAGCGGGUUGCAGCAAGGUUUAUGACAGCAGUACAAAAUGUAUCUUAUGUCAAGGGCAAAUCAUGUUUGAUGCAAAACUAACUUAUUGUAUUUACACUACAUAGAGCUCUGUUGUGUUUUAAGUGAUUUUGUUUGUAUGUGCAAAUGCCAUUGACACUGACGUUGGAUUUCCCAGAAAAGGUCAGUAGUGGCAAGGACGUUUUUGUUGGGAUUUUCUUGUGAAUUGUUGGUCAUGAACGCGGUUUUGCUACCUAAUCGUAUGACGUUUGAUGAUGAAGAUUUUGAUUUGAAGUAAAUCAUAUCUUGCUGUGCUUCCUUGCUAUGAUUAACAUUUGUGUGAGUUCUGGAAUGUUUGCCUUGUUGACACUAUAAAUACUUGUUCGUUUCACCUGAACGUUUCCUAGAGCACUGCAUGAUGUGUUGAGGGGAGGAUUUUUUGACUAAAUGUUUCCUGUAAGCAAGGAUUUGAAAGAUCAAUAUUUGUGUACAAAUACAGUUUGAUAUUUUCAUGUG